AGUGAUGGUAUUUGUUAAUUGUCGAACCAACAAGUUGUUUUUAUACUUAUUUUUAUUAAUAUACAGUGGUAUUUAGCGUUCAAUGAAUGAAGCAUCACGUAAAGAAAUCAGUGGCGAAUAUAAACUACAGGCUGAUUUCAAGAAGCUGCUGUUUUGACAUUGUCUUUCUAGCGAUACUGGGAGCUAACGCUAGUUACUUUUUCUGUCUUGAUAUAGAGCCGAUAAAAAACGGCCAAAAGUAAUGUGUGAGUAAUUACAAUGCGCUAAAUUAUUUUCAUUUGAUUCGUGAAAUUUCUGAUUGAUUUGCUUCCGUCACCAGCACAGUUAUCUCCUUUGUUAGCCGUUAGCCGUGGACCUCGAGACGCUUGUUCAUGUUGGCUGAUCCAUCAGACUGUUUGAUGGGGCUUUUAAGGAUCAUAAUGUCGCUUAAGUUUCAACUUUUGGCUCUUUUGGCGUUUGGCGUAGCGGUGUUCUUGAUUGAGAAUCAAAUCCAGAAACUGGAGGAGUCCAGAACCAAACUGGAGCGUACCAUUGCCAUACAUGAGGUGGCUGAAGUGGAUCAGCAUCACACUGACAUUAGACGGGAGUUACCAGCACUAUCUCCAGAUGAUGAAAUGGUCAUCAUCUACAACAGAGUGCCCAAAACAGCCAGCACGUCCUUCACGAACAUCGCCUAUGACUUGUGUGCACAGAAUAAUUUCCAUGUCCUUCACAUUAAUACGACCAAAAACAACCCUGUCAUGUCUCUACAGGACCAGGUGCGCUUUGUGCAGAACGUCACCUCCUGGAGAGAGAUGAAGCCUGGCUUCUACCAUGGCCAUGUGGCUUAUCUGGACUUUUCAAAGUAUGGGGCGAAGGGGAAGCCACUGUACAUAAAUGUGGUGCGGGACCCCAUAGAGCGCCUGGUGUCAUACUACUACUUCUUACGUUUUGGAGAUGACUACAGACCAGGCCUCCGUAGGAGGAAACAAGGGGACAAAAAGACUUUUGAUGAGUGUGUGUCAUCAGGAGGCUCCGACUGUGCUCCAGAGAAACUCUGGCUUCAGAUCCCCUUCUUUUGUGGUCACCAUUCAGAGUGCUGGAAUGCGGGCAGUAUAUGGGCUUUGGAACAGGCCAAGUACAAUCUGGUGAACGAGUACCUGCUGGUUGGAGUAACUGAGGAGCUAGAAGACUUCAUCGUGAUCCUGGAGGCAGCGCUGCCCCGCUUCUUCAAGGGUGCAACGGAACACUACAAAACAGGAAAGAAGUCCCAUCUGCGAAAGACAACAGAGAAGAAGCCCCCCACCAAAGAGACAAUCGCCAAGCUGCAGCAGUCAGACAUUUGGAAAAUUGAAAAUGAGUUUUAUGAGUUUGCACUUGAACAGUUCCAGUUUGUACGUGCACACGCUGUGAGGGAAAAGGAUGGAGAACUUUAUGUCUUGGCCCAGAGCUUCUUUUAUGAAAAAAUCUACCCCAAAGUGAGUUAAAGUGUUUGAGGACGGUGACGUGAGCGAAUCUGCAGAGGAGCCCUGGAGGAACUCCAAGUGACAAGAACUGAAUGCUGGAGAUAUUUCACACAUGCACUUUCAGACUGUACAUUAAUAUUUCUACAGCCGGUAUCUUUUUUUUUUUUUUUUUUUUUUUUUUUUUUUUUUUUUUGGUUGGGAGGGGAGGACGAGGGGUGUAGCUGUUGACAAAACCUAAGCUGGGUAACGUGUCAGUCUGAACUGUGGUGAAGGAGUAGUGCUGAGAGUGAAAUGGCCACUUGACCAUGGCAGGUGUCAAAACGUAAACCAAGCACCGAGCCGUCUCAGGCAUUUUUAGGUUGAAACUAACAAGGUUUGUCUCCAGACUGACCAUUAACAUCAAUGCAGCACAGCUCGCCAUUUUUCUACGAGCUAUUCUGUCCUUGCUCAACAGGAAGGUUUAUCAUCAUUUCCUGUUGUUGACCUGAAAGACCUUAUUUAGUUCACAGUAGUAGUUCACGCUAAAGCCCCUUUCACACCGAGCCAAUGUAG